CUCUCCUCGCGACGCACGCAGCCUUCAGCCCGUCCUGAUCCAUCCCUCCUCCACUUCCCCCGAGGUCUUCCCAGCGCGCGCCAGAGGGGAAUCCAUCCAGCGCCGGCCGAGGCGGCCGCGCCGCGCCGUCGUCCCACCGCCCGCUCGACCUGGGUCGCGUGUGCGCUAGGAAGUUCGUCAUACGACUCGCGGUUUUUCUUCGAGCGCUUUUUUUUUAAUCCGUCGUUUUGUGUUGAUUCCUCUGUGCUAAGUUUACCGCUAUUGAUCAUUAGCUGCAUAGCUCGCUCGAUCUGGUUAUGUAGGUGCAAUGUUCCGGUCUCCCGUGAUUGCGCUUGCGUGCUGAUUACGACUAAUUGCUUGAUCUGAUUGUGGUGGAUGGAUUCGUAUGAUCUGAUUGUGAUGGCUGUAGUUGUUUGAUCUGCCUUGGUUUUGUGGCGAUUAACCAUUUGCCAUGAUUCCGAUUAAUCGUUCUAUUGCGUUUUUUUUUUCUAGAUAUCAUACUGCCAUGCUCGAUUAUUAUGAGGUUUAGUGUCUACUUUUUGAUCGUUCUAACUGUGAGAGAUGAUGUCCAUCCCCAAAACUAGUAUGGAAGUACUACAUGUCUUGGAUUCAUUUACGCGCAUGCCGAACACAUCCGAGUGCCUGUUUGUUAUUGAUUCGUUGGCGAUUUGCCUCUGGUGGUUUCGUUGGUUUAUUGGAUAGUGUUAGUUUGUAUGCUAAGGUGGGCUCGUGGUUGCAAAAACAUAUUGAUAAUGAUGAUUGACAGGCAAUUUCCGUGCAAGAGGUUAAUAGGAUUCUGUAUGUGCACUCACCCCAAUAGAUGUUUAAGCAGGAGUUUACAUUGCUCUGAGCAUCUCGUUUUGUUUAUUUUAACCGAUUUCUGCAUAUGCACUCUGCAUUUGCUGCCUCUCCUUGUACCGGAUCCUAUACCUAUGCUUCUACCUCUUCCACGAUCCAUCUCCUGUCAAAAAUUUGAAAAUUCAAAAGAAAUUCAGGGAAACAAACAAAUGUUAACAACAUGGCGAGGGGGAACUUAUCACUCUUCUGGACAAGCCCUUCAAUUUGCCUCCGAUAUAUCAAUGGAAAUGGGAAGGCAAUGGACUACUUACCACGUAUUGGCUACUAAUUUUCUUUACUCCUUGGCAGAGAUCUGGGAGGGCGAAUUCUCUUAUGCAGGUUCUGUCAGAGUAUCGCACUAGUAAUUUAGUAGGCCAUUGUAGAUAAGUUGAAUUUCAGGUACAAACCUAUGAAGUCUUUAAAGUUUAAGUGUUAGUAUAAUGGAUGUGAGAGGGUCAAGGAGUCCACUGAUUGGAGAAUCAAAGGAAUGAGUUUUUUUUAUGGAUGUGCAAUGGAUUUUAACUAAAAGAACGGACAAGUUUCCUUUGUUGAAGAUGAAGCUGUUGGCUGCUGGAGAAUGGGGGUGGACACCACAGUAAGUGUGAUGCAGAUGGACACUGUUCAAAUUGCUUGGGAACUCUUCUAUGGAAUCUGGAUGGAUACCCUAUUGAGUAGUAAAUUUCUUUCCACGGCUCACUAUUCAGAUAGUGCUAGCUGUAAUUGUUUGGUGAUCAAUCUAUUGGGCUUUGCGGUUGGAGCUGUUCGACAUUACUUUGGUCUUGUUCAUGUGCUGGAGUUCAGCAGUAUACAGCAACCCUGGAGUGCAUGCAGUGGUUUCCUCGUUUUUUAGGACCUCUGACUGUAGUGAGAACUAUCCUGCUAAAUGCAUACUACUUGCAGGUAUUUGUGUUGUAUUUGCAACGUGAUAGCUUUAGUGGUGCAAAACAUUCAAGAUGGGUGCCAUGGACCUAGGAUUUGAGUCUACUGCUGUUCAACAUGGACAAGCUAAGCUAAAUGUGGAGGAACAUGAUCUGGUAUCUCUUCUGGCUGAUGAGAAGUGCACAGCUGAAAAGAUUGACGAUGAAUACCAUGAUGAUUAUCAGAAACUUGAGAAAGGGAUAAUGCAGUAUGGGUGCACACAUUACCAAAGAAGGUGCCGCAUUAGAGCACCAUGUUGCAAUGAGAUUUUCGAUUGUAGGCAUUGCCACAAUGAAGCAAAGAAUUCAAUUAAAAUUGAUGCUGUGAAGAGGCAUGAACUUCCACGCCAUGAAGUGAAGCAGGUUAUAUGCUCAUUGUGCGGCACAGAGCAAGAGGUGCGGCAAGUAUGUAUCAGUUGUGGUGUAUGCAUGGGGAAGUACUUCUGUGAAGUGUGCAAGCUCUUUGAUGAUGAUGUUUCAAAACAACAGUAUCACUGCGACGGUUGUGGAAUAUGCAGAAUUGGUGGCAGGGAGAAUUUCUUUCACUGCUCGAAAUGUGGAUGCUGCUAUUCUAUAGUGUUGAAGAACAGUCAUGCAUGUGUUGAAGGAGCGAUGCAUCAUGACUGUCCGAUCUGCUUUGAGUACCUUUUCAAUUCAACAAAUGAUGUUUCUGUCUUGCCUUGUGGUCAUACCAUUCAUGUUAAGUGCUUGCAAGAAAUGGAGGAGCACUGCCAAUUUGCUUGCCCACUUUGCUCUAAGUCUGUCUGCGACAUGUCGAAGGCAUGGGAGAGAUUGGACGAGGAACUAGCAACUAUAUCUGACACCUGUGACAAUAAAAUGGUCCGCAUAUUAUGCAACGAUUGUGGGGCAAUCUCAGAGGUGCAGUUCCAUUUGAUUGCACACAAGUGCCAGAAGUGCAAGUCCUACAACACCCGCCAGAUCUGAAGGAAUGAAGUUUUGAGGUGAUUCAUUUUGUGUCGGAAGAGUCCUGGGCGGUUUCUGCAUUCUGCAAGACAAAAUUCUGUUGACGGCUUGACGCCAAUUUCUAGCUGCUGAGCUCUCAGCCAAUUUCUAGCUCAUUGGAUGCCUCAGCCAAGGCAAAUACCUCCCAUCUUAUCCUGAUAAUCUAGCUGCUGUUCGCUUCCUGUCUUCAAUUUAUUACUUCACUGUGUCACGGUCCUGUUCGGCUUAAGUUCUAGCUGUGCUAAUAAUUGCUGGUCUGCUUAAGCUUAAUGGUGGCUAGCUUUGUGUAUAGUGUACCAGUAUACCACCACUACUUGUUCAGUCUCUGUAAAACACUGUGGAAGUUAGUGGUGACUAGUAUUACCAGGGUUCCACCUCCUU